GCAAAGUACCAGGUACGGUAAGAGACAGAGAGAGAGAAACAAAGAAGAGGGGCAACAAGUGGUUUCGCCAUUGGAUGGAUGGUUUUUUACCUCCCCACCAUCAACUGUCCCUCAGAACCACUUGUUUACAACAUAGCUUCAACCGAAACAAGGAGCAGUCCAAGUGGAUCUCUUAAUUGCUCACUAUUGCAUUCCGUCAUUGGGUUGAAGGGCAAUCGAGUUUUCAAGAAGAAAGAAGAAAGAAGAAAGCUAGCUAGAUGAAGCGAGGAGAAGGGAGUCCAUCAUCCAAAGGAAGCGACGAAGUGGGAGAGACCGCUCAAGCUCCGCGCCCAUCACUGAAGAGGCAAAAACAAGGCGACAGUGACUCAGAAGCUCCCCCAGCUCAGGCUCCUCAGGCUCAGGCUCAGGCCCAGGCACCAUCUUCUCCUGAUGCCCUCAAGAUGCCACCCGCUGGUCCAGUAGGGGCUGAAAGCAGUGCCACUGCCGACGGCGGCCUUACUAGGGCAGGGGCGCCAAGUCUGCCGUCUGCUUCCUCACCACCAGUGGCCGCUGCGGCUUCCGCCAGGAAGCCGGCUGCUUCUGCCACUGCUAGUACACACGUACCCGCAGCCAUUACAGCAGCGGCCAUGAUGCCACAGGAUUCCAUACCAAGCAAGGGAGGGCCCCGAAUACGACUUCCUGACAAACUCAUUGAAUACCUGAACAAUGAGGUUGAACAGGACGUACUCUGGUGGCAACCGGGCGGGGACGGCUUUGCCUUUGACUCUACCACCAUGCAAUCCAAUUUCCUCGACAAACACUUUGAAGGAACCAAGCUCAAGUCCUUCAUCCGAAGUCUCAAUCGAUGGGGAUUUAGGAGGAUCUUCUAUGCCACGCUUCCCAAGACUGUUUACUCUUUUCAUCAUCCUCUCUUCAAAAAGGACUCUCCCGAGCUCACCAGACAGAUGAAGAUGCUUUCCUAUAGCGGCCAGCAAGCCAUGGAGAUGGAAGAGUUCAACCGACAGCAACGGGAAGGGGCCUUCUCACUGCCCGGAUCGCCUCAGCCAGCUCCUCCUGCCGCUGCCGUACCUGCACCUCCGUCCAUACCAGUACCACAAGUGCAGCCACCACCAGCCGCCGCCUUGGCUCAGGCAGCCGUCCAGCAAGGAGUCGCUCAGAGUCUGAGUCUGCUCACGAAUCCACUCUUUGCCGAUCAAGUUCUUCGUACUAUGCAAGGCCAGCAGCUCUUGCAGCAACAGCAGCAAAUCCAACAGCAACUAAAUCUUGCCCAAUUGCAGCAGCAGCAGCAGCAGCAGCAGCAACCACAGCAAAACAUGGCCCAAAACUUGCUUCUGCAAUCUGUCAUCAAUAUGGUCCAACCAGCACAGCAGCAGCAAGCUCAAGCGCCCCAGCAGCAGCAACAGCAGCAACAGGUCAUGCUACAGCCGGCCCAACAACUUGCCCUCGCCAUGCAUCCUCAGUUGCAACAAUCGCAACAGCUUACCAUUCCCGUGCUACCGACCAACAACACCACGCCCGCCAACAACGCCCAAAUGUUCUUGCCCUUUCAUCAAGCGCAACAAAAUGCUGCUCUAAUUCAGUAUCUCAACUCCCAGCAGCGCAUGGACAGCACGAAUAACAACGGACAACUUGUAGGCGGGAUUGCGCAACAGUCCGCGAUCUCUGGCACCAACAUUAAUAACACUUCCACAACAGCAACAGAGAGCAGGGAAGAAGAAAAGGAACGAAGCUUGAGCAACCUCCAAGAAAACUCUUCCGACAGCACUAACGAAGAAAAUGUAUACAAUCAACCCGAAGGAAAAUCCAGCUAGUCACAGGCAGCAAUGUACAUAUAUCACUGCCAAUACUUGCCUGUGCCACACCAUGGAAACUCCGUGAUGUACAAACAAACAUGUACAAACGUGCUUUUUCGCACCGUCUUACUGCUAUUGUAAAUAUCUAAUCCCAGGUCAAGACAAUG